CAGAUUGUAUUUAAGGGUACUGAAAUGUCAUACCUCUGGUCAUAGAGGGACGGAUGUCUGCAGCUCCAUGUGACUGGACAUACUACUCUAUUUAUAACAGCUGAGUGCAAGGCCCCAGUCUGACACAUGCAAGGACAGACGGACAUCAGAGCUGAAAUGUCCCUGCAGGGAGAAAGUCCUGACACCUUCAAACUGGACCCAUCGUCCUUCUGCAACAGACUGAAGAGAAUGUGAGGAAGAAGAAUGGAUGAUUUAGAUCACAGCCUGCACAUUGCAGAGUAUGACUGGACGAGUUUCUAUGAGGACAGUGAGGAGUGCGGCCUGCUGCAGCCUUCUCUCGCCUGUCCUGAUAGCCUCAGUGAUUCAGAGGAUGUGGGAAAUGCAAGUUUAGUGAUCAGCACAGGACAACAGGAGAAACAGCAGAGCUCCAGUGAUAAGGCUGAAAGCAACGCUGCAGGAUGCUGCACGGAGGAUGAGAUGUGUGUAAAGUAUAUAUCAGUGCAGAUUAUUCCAAGUGGUUUAGAUGAUCUUACAACUAAAGCGGAAAUAUGCCUUGAUCAAACUGAAGGAACCACAGAACCUGUCACAGAGGAGAUAUGUGACACCAUUACAGUGCAAACUGAGCAAUUAAAUGUUCAGUCUCUGGAUGGAGAUUCAACAGAGCUGAAACCAGAAGAUGGAGAUGAGCAAAUGAGGAGUGACAUUCAUAACCUCAAACCCUUACAGGAACCUGACCCACUUUCUUGCAACCGAACAGAGCUUAAUGUGAACGAGCCGCACACUGCAGAAAGAGCCGAUGUGAGCGAUGAUGCGAGCGGCGUUGCUUCGAGGGCAGAAAAAGAGCGCUGGUUCGUGACAGUGAACGACAGUUCUGCACGACAGCGAGUACAUGCAGUGAAAAAAAAAAGAAGGCAAAAAAAAGCUCGUAAGAACAAUCACAUGUGCAGACCUGACCAGAAGAAAUCGCUAGAAAACGGCUUAAAAUUAGGGAUAAAUAAAGAUAAUAAUGAAUCUGAGGGAGAGGCGGACACAGAGUGCGCUACAAAGGAAAAACAAAACUUGGUUAAAAAAUCAGGAGGGUGUUCAAGUGCUGAAGAAGAUCCUGAGAGCGUUCAGAUGGGACUCACUUCAGAUUCAUCACAAAUGUCUUUAACGUCUGUUGAAGAAGACACUUUGUCAGAAAAAGUGAUGUGUCAUUCCCCUGAAGAAAAGUUAGUUGAACCAACGAUAGACGCAAACAAACACGACCCAAUCAGCUCAGCAUUCUCAGCCCAAAACAGAUUUAAACCCAAAGACCCGUCACGGCUGGACAGUGUGGAGUCUGAUGAGUUCUUCUCCUCUCACAGUUUUGAUUCGGAAAGCUAUUUGUCAGCGUCUGAGUCAGUGGAGAACCUUCAGCAUCUUCUCGCUGAACACCAACAACUGGAAAGCUCCUUAUCUCUGACAGAAAACAGCCGUCUGUUCCUUCUGACUGAAGAUACCGAUGAAGACAACACGCAGCACGGAGAAGUGCAUUCUUGUCAUAGCACUCUCUCUUGUAAUGCAACAGCUCCCGACUCUGAAGGUCAUGAAAGCAGAGACGUUCAGCCCACCCUGACGUCUCCAUCUGUUGACCAAAGUACUGACAAAAUGCCAGAUGACAACUCCACUUGUGGUAAUGACACAGGCAGCAUGCGGCCCUCAGAUACACCCGGACUCCAAAAACAUGAAGUUAAUCUUUCAGCAUCUGGUUGCUCCUCAGGAGAUCAGCUUCUCCUGGUUCCUGAUUUAACUAUAACACCUUGCACUGUGGCGGACAGCCCCGAAACAUAUGCCGAAGCCGCGGGCCACGCUCGACCCGUGUAUGCCAUUUCAGCUUUUUGGGAUGAAAUGGAAAAACUGACAAUAAAUGACAUUUUACAGCUUCGAACGGGUAGAAGCACCUCUCCCAGGGAAACACUAGAAGCAGUGACCCCAAACGCAGACGAUCACAGCUCUUUGGUCGACACCGUUGAGUAUAAUUCAUCUGAUGGCGGACUGAUGGACGUAUCCGACGCUGCCGACUCUGACUAUUUCACACAGCCAGAUGAUUCCAAGCCUGAUCGCUCAAGCUGUGACUUUUCCACCUCUGAUUUUGAAGAAGAGUACUGGCACUUUCUUGACACCAGCAGGAACCCCAGUCCUGACCCUCAAAGCAAAAAACAACAAAGUGCAAGUGACUCUUCUUUCUUAGCACGCGAUGAAGACGAGUCCACCGGCUCUGAAGGAAGGGAGACCCCUGUGCCUUCAGAGGACUUUGCAGUGAAUUGUUUUGAGGAUCAGGACUCAAAUGCUUUAACUUCAAGCGAACUUGCAUGGCCCAGACAGAUGAUAAAAAGCAAAAGUGUGCACAACGUUCAAGCUCUCAACACAGAGGAUUUCUCUUUACAGUUGCUACUUGGUAAUGAGAGCAGUGUGUUUCUCAGCAGCACUCCAGCACCCCAGUCUCUGGAGGAAAACGUAGUUUUAAAAGCAAACGACAGCUUGGGAUCACCUGUACCUUUUCUGGAUGAACACUAUCAAAUAUCCGUCCCAGAAGUGUUUGAAUACUUUUUCAGGGAGGAUAAAACAAAGAGUGACUCCCGGUGUGUCAACGUCUACAAUCCAGAGGACAUCUCAGUGGCUCCUGUGUUUGACUUCACUCUUUGUACAUUUACAGAUGAAAUGUCGUUCUCUUCUCUACGUGAUUCCCAGUGCAUCGAGGAGAAACCCAUCCCCAUUUUCUCUUGUUCUCAUCCCACCGUCAGAGAACUCACAUUCCCAAAUCUGGACUAUGUUUGCUUGAGCGCAGACUGCGAGCAGGAAGAGGAUGACAUCUCGCCAAUCAGAGUCCUUUCUCGCUCUGGAUUUCGCAGUUGGAAAAGUUUGAUAAGGAAGAUUCAGUUCCCUGACAAAGGCAGCAUCUGGUGCAGGACAUCUGGGGCCUGGGAGUUCCCGGUUGAGGCCGAGAAGAUCACCAUCAAGAGUUCAGAUCCACCAAUGCUCACUGAGAGGAGCGUCUCUCCGACGACUUCUCAGAUGUUGAGAGAGCUAGCAGUGCAGCAGAGCGCCUUGGAAGCCAUACAGACAACAACAGGACGAGACGGCAUCUUCUCCACACUGAGGCAGUCGGAUAUGUGUUUGGUCUGCAUUGCUUUUGCCUCCUGGGUGUUAAAAUCCUCUGAUCCAGAGGCUGCUGAUACCUGGAAAGCAGCUCUUCUUGCAAAUGUGAGUGCACUGUCGGCCAUCCAGUACCUGCGGCAGUAUGUGAAGAAGAAGAAUUCUUCUUAA